AUGCCGUCUGUAGUUCUUCCCGAGUUAGAACCCUACACCCAUGUCCCCGAGACUAAGGAACAGCUCGACUGGGCGUCCCUCACAACCAUCGACUUGUCCAAGUAUGGCACUCCCGAGGGCAACAAGGAACUCUCCCAGACCCUAAUUCGAGCCAUCAACUCCAAGGGCUUUUUCUACGUCACCAAUUUUGGGAUCCAUCAGCAAGAUGUGGACCUCCAAUUCGCACUUGGGCAAGCAUUCUACAAGCUCUCUCUGGAAGAAAAGUUAAAGUACAUUGCCGACUUGGACGCGGGAAACUAUACUGGGUAUCGACCUGCUGGCAGGCGGCCAUUGCCAGGGGGCGUUCCAGAGAAGAUAGAGAUGUGGAACAUGUCGACUGAGGAUGGGCAGAUUAGGCAAUCCCUACCAAAACCACUGAAUAACUACCGUGACGAAAUCAAAGACUUCUCCAAGGCCCUCCAUGACAAGAUUUUGGACCCCCUGAACCAUCUUAUUGCCCUGGCACUUGAGCUGCCAGAGGAUUACUUCAAAGAACUCCACAGAUGGGACACCAACGAUGAGUCACACUUGAGGUACAUGAAGUACUCCAGGUUUUCUCAAGAGGAGGUUGAUUCACUUAAAGAUAAUCUGUGGAUCCGUGGACAUACAGAUCUAGGUUCUUGGACUCUGCUCUUCCGUCAACCAGUUGCCGGACUUCAGAUCCGAGACCCGGAGACAAACGAGUGGAAGUGGGCCAAGCCUCUUGAUGGGAGCCUCACUGUCAACGCUGGAGAUGCGCUAAGUUACCUGACAGGAGGAUACAUCAAGUCCACCGUGCAUCGGGUUGCGGUACCCCCAAAGGAUCAGCGAGAUGUCGAUCGUCUGGGUUUAAUGUACUUCACCCGCCCUCAGAACGAGGUGCCGCUCCAGACGGUUGCGUCUCCCUUCCUUCAGAGAGAGGGCUAUGCGCAGAAUGAUUUUGAGGCUGGUGGACACGAGAUACCAACCAUGGCCGAGUUUACCAGGCUAAAGCAGACGUGGAACCAACGGAAAGACGUCAGCCAAGAACAGCGAGAUGGGCAGCAGAUUCUUCCCGGUGUUAUAGAGAAGCGCUUCCUGUAA